AUGGAGUACGUGAAGCUUGCGGUGACGCAUCCGUCGGAGCUCCGUUCUCUGAUCACAUAUAAAGUAUGGCGUGAUCCUGUGCACGACUUCAGGCGGAAUCCUGAGGCAAGUGGCUUUGAUCGUGAGCGCAUGCGGGCGUGCUGGUCAUUCCUGGAUGCGACGAGUCGUAGCUUUGCUGCUGUGAUCAAGGAGCUGAAAGGUGAGCUGAGUCGCGUCAUUUGCAUCUUCUAUCUCGUACUGCGUGGACUUGACACUGUCGAAGACGACAUGACGCUGAAGCCUGAGGUCAAGAUCCCACUUCUGCUGGACUUCCAUAAGAAACUGAACGAACCGGGCUGGAACUUCACGGGCAGUGGCCCGAACGAGAAAGAUCGCCAGCUUCUGGUAGAGUUCGACAAGGUAAUUGACGAGUACCAGCUUCUGAACGAAGGAUGCCGCUUUGUCAUUGCUGACAUUUGUGCGCGCAUGGGUGCUGGAAUGGCGUCCUACAUUGAGCUGGGCAACUCGCCGGCAGGCCUGACGAUGCAAACGUGGGGCGACUAUGACCUGUAUUGCCACUUUGUUGCUGGUCUUGUAGGUGAAGGCUUGUCGGGACUGUUUGUGCAGACGCAAAUUGAAAGACCGCUCAUUGGCCUACAAUUGUCCCUGUCGAAUCACAUGGGUCUAUUCUUGCAAAAGACAAACAUUAUCCGCGACUAUGCCGAAGACUGCCGCGAGGGCCGUUCGUUUUGGCCGAAGGAGUGCUGGGGUACAGACGGUGUGUUUGCGCACCAGGGCGAAGUCCAACGUGGCGUGAUUGAAACACGUCGCGGUUCGGGUUCGUACAAGUUUGCCGACACGAUUGAAGGUCGGAAGGCAAGACAAGUGCUGUCGGCUAUGCUUCUUGAUGCCAUGUCGCAUGUGACGAGCUCACUCGAGUACCUGAUCCUGCUUCGUGACCAAAGUGUGUUCAACUUUUGCGCGACACCUCAGGUCAUGGCCAUCGCGACUCUCGGCAAACUUGUGGAGAAUGCCGACGUGUACAAAAAGAACGUCAAAAUCCGCAAGUCCCUCGCCGUGCGCCUAAUUCUGCGCUCGACAAACCCACGCGAUGUCGCAACGAUCUUUCUCAACUUUGCGCGCGAAAUCCACCAGAAACUGAGCGCCGAUGAUCCCAACUAUGUCCGCUGGUGUGUUGAGCUCGGGCGCAUACAAAUGUGGUGCGAGUACAACUUCCCAUCGUAUGUGCUCAGCGCGUACCGUAACAAGAACUCAGACAUCCGGGCUCACACGUACCAGUCGUGGGUGUUUGCACGCGACCGCGAAAUCCGGUACAAGGCCCUUGGUAAGUCGGAACAACAACUUAGUGCCGAGGCUGAGGCCGAGCGCCUUCUUGAAACCGACAAGGGUGCGUACAAAAUGCUCUUCGGGGUGAUCGGCCUAGCGCUUGUCUUGAUUAUUUUGAUUGCCUACGGGUGCUGGAUGUUUGUGUGGUACACGAUCGAGGGCCGCGUGGACCCCUUGUCUCUCUUCCUCUAUUACUCCUACCGACUAGCCAGAGAGCGUAUCUGGGACAUGAAAAUCACGCUGAGCCCACUGUUCUGGUACAGGUUCUGGUCUUCUCUGUUUGACCAGGCUGGAAGUCUUACCAUGGAAGACAUGCGUGUCUACCACGGACACUAG